AUGACUCCGGCAAACAUAUUCAUUAGAAAAUAUCGACAAGCAGAAAUCAAUUCUGGACAUAAGAAAAGAAUGUUCACGUUCAAAAUCAUCUUCACCUUUCUUCUCAUGAUCGUCAGUACUAGUAUUGGUGCUGCUCCCACUCCUAAUCGUCAGAAAGAAACAGCACCCAGAGCGACUGUACUCCAAGCGGAUACCCCCAAAUUGGUCAAAAACGAUAUUCCGUAUCAGAAUAUUUCGGAAAAACUCGAAGAACUCAAAUCGACACUGAAUGCGAUCCAGAGUUCCAUAAGCAAAGUAUUUGAUCAUGAAGGAGACGGAGACGAAUCAAAGCUUUAUGGAUUUGAAGAUACCGUUCCUAUGAACGAAACAAUCACAGAUAUGUCAACCGGGUCUGAGAAUUGUACUCGUACAGUCGAUAUGUCCGAGGGAAAGAAUCAGGUUUGUCCAUUGGCAGAGUAA